AAGAAUCGUUGCAAAGAACAAAGUGGAAGCAGAUUAAUCAAGAAAAACCAAGAAAAUCUUCAGAAUUUUCUACUUUCCAUAAAGGUUUUCAUUGUCACGCCGUCAUUACUCAAAUGAAUAGUUCCAUUCCCAGUUUUCCACUAAGUCUGUCUCGUGAUUCAUAUCAAAUUAAUUCUGACUUUCCAAGAACCGAACUCCCGCUUUUCUAGAAGAUGCAGACUGAUGCAGCCUUUAUUUUCUCUUUCAAGGCACUUAAAUCUUAGAUUCCUGCAACAACGGCCUUAUCAUGGAAGACAAAUCUGUUCACGUUGAAAAAAUAAACCCUUUUGAAGAUACCUUCCGAAAAUUUAGUCAUGACAUCGAGUAUUUCAGGAAAUGUUAUGCCGAAUCAGAAACAAUAAUCAACGAACUGGAAAAGAUUUUUAGAAAUGACCUAAACGCAAUUCCAGGCCAGACGUUUAUAACUGAAGAAGAGAAAGCCAAGCUUAAAGAUUUCGUAACUAAACGAGCAUCAGUCUUAGUUAUCGGGCAAACAAACUCGGGAAAAAGCUCUUUGAUCAACGAGCUCUUGGGUGGCUCGUAUCUGCCAACUGCUGAAGUUCCCUGCACUUCUCGUAUCGUUCGAAUACGAUACAGCCAUGAAAAUACCCUACGUGUGCGUGAGCCGUCAGGCAACAUCAAGGUAGAGCUGAAAAACUUUAAAAAGAAAGGCAUCCCAAAGGAAGAAAUCGCAUUAGAGGAUGAUCAGAGAAGACGGGAUAAAACAUGGACACAGUGUGUCGUUGAGGUUGGGCUGAAGAACCCACUUCUGCAGGGGGGACACCUGGAGUUUGUCGAUGCCCCAGGAAUGAGUGAAAACCAAGUAUUAGACUCCAUAGUGCAGGAAUGUGUCCAUGGUAUACUUCAGGUAGUUAUUUACGUUAUCGAUGGAAAUUCAUCGCUCAGGAACCAAGACCGUGAAUUCCUUUACGAUCUAAAACAGAACAUUGGUAACAUCCCGAUUUUCUUCGUCUGCAACAAAGUUGAUGUUGAUGAACAGGCAGCGAAGUUUGACCGAGACGACGACGAAGACGAGAGUUACAUGUCAGCUGAAAGCCAGAAGGAGGUACUGCAGAGCAAGAAGAUGCGUGCCUUUUCUGCUCUCGUCCGUGCGCAACUCAUAGAUGUGGAAACAGACGUAGAUAACUGUGACUUCUUCCAUGCUAUAUCAACGCGAGAAGUGCGAAAGGCCAGGAGGAGCCAAGUACUAAACACAGAAAAUAUCCAUCUCUCCUCUUUCGAAAAAAUGAAAACAAGUUUUUUGAAAUUUGCAUCUGCAAGCAUCAAUUCCCACUUGAAGAGUGUUGCGCAGACUUUGAUGGCAAUCCAGCAACGUAUCUUUAGAUUUUACCUGAAUCGCAACUUAAAAUCCCGUGAGUUUGACAAUGUUCAUCAUGUUACUCUCAGACUUAAAACGGAAGAGAAAAUAUAUUUUGAAAAAUUGAGAAUGUACGUGAAGGAAAAUGGCGAAAAGUUAGAAAGAAUUGUCGACAAAGCAAUUGAAGAAAAUGAAAAUCGUAUCCUAUUCGAUGCUGAGAACAUGGAGUUUGCCCCAAUUGUUAUCGCUGAUGUGGUACACCGAAAUGAAAUUAUCAAUCAAUACAAAACCCAAAUACAAAAGAUGGUCUUAACAGCAGUCCUCCAUAUAUCCUUAAAAGUUGGCACAAAAACAGUCAAGACGGUCACACGUAACAUUGUCGAGCAGCUUCGUCGAUUUCUUCUGGAAAUGUCCAAGCAGGAUGGAAUUGCAGGGAAGCUAGUACAUCAGCAACUGCAUCACAUUGAUAUUUUAUCGAGUUCCAGCACAGAACAUUACAUGCUUACCACUGCUCAAGUCAAAGACUAUUCACUGAUGACACUUGCGUACCGGACCUUUGAACCUCCUAAAAGCUUUUUUUCAGAUAUUUUGUCGAUCGUUUCGGGAACCACCGUGAACAAACACUGGAAACGAAAGAUUGCGAAAAAUGUUCUAGACAAUGUUGACCGCCAAAAGUUGACAAACAGAAUGAUAGGAACGAUCUUGGAUAACUUGCACCAGGGACAUAGGACAUUUGAAGUUAACUUAGAAUGCAUAGAGAGACUUUGUACUAUUGCGGACAGUCAAUCUAAGGAACAUCAACGUGCUGUCAAUGAUUUUGGGUCUCCUUUCGCUAAAGUCAUGUGCUCCACCAAUGCCCUUUUUGAGUCAUUAAGACGCCCAGACGAAACGUUCCUAUUACGUCAGCAAAUCAGCACAAAUAGCAAGAGAGGAAUGGUCUUUGACUGCAAGACUAAUUCCGGUGAAUUCAGCCAAAGACGAAUUGUUGCAAAGCAGCUACGUCCUGAUAUCUCCGAAUUAAUGUACUUGUCGAUCCAGCAUUCCCUGAUAAGGAUCGAUGAAUCCCCACCAUGUGUCCUACGUCCACUGUCAUUAGUUCUCAUUGACUCACAAAUGACACUGUUGUUGCCAAAGGAGGACACAGAUCUUUACACUGCGCUUAACCAAGAUAGAUUCAAGACUCUCACCAAUGAAAACCUGAAGAUUCGAUGGGCUAUCUUAAAAGACUUGAUCGAGGCGUGCAUGUUUUGUCGAGAACAAGGACUUCAGUUGAUUGAUCCAAGGCCUACCAAUGUUCUGCUUGAUCAGCACAAUAAGGCCAAACUGAAUAUCUCCAAGCCUCGUGAUGACAGUGUCUUCUACCACGAUGAUCGCGCACCAUUUCACGUAUGCGCCGCUCCACCCCCAUUAGUAUACACGUCCACUCGAGUCCUAGAGGUGGCUAUGAAGCAUGACGUCUACGCACUUGGAAUUCUUGGAUGGCUGUUGGCGCUGGGGGAAUACAAGAGACCGACAUAUGCUGAUACCACAGACGUGAAGGAAGUCUAUCAAGCAGUCAAACGAGGAACGUUCCCUAAUUUGGAACUCAUCCCUGAAGAAGUUGAAAAGAGCUUUGAAAACUACACGUUGGCAGACUUUCUGGGAAACAGCUUCACGGAAGGAAUUUCACUUGUUGAAAUGAAACAAGUAAUUGAAAAUGUCUUAAACCAAUCACACUCUUGUUUAUACAGUAGAUUCAGAUCAUUGACAUGGUCUAAAUAUAUCAUGGCAGAAGCAAACUCCGAGGAUUUAGAAUCUUCCCUCGAAACCCUUCAAAAGACUAUCAGUGAGUACAAAGAUCACAUCGAACAAAUUUCAGCGCUUCAUAAAGAGACAGCACAAUGUUUUGAAAAUAUUCAAAACUUGAUCAAUGAAGAAAACGAUCAAAAUCCAGGACUGCUUCCAGCCUUGCAGAUACCCCAGUUUGAUUUUACCAAACGUUUACCCAGCGUACUCUUCAUUGGUAGCCACAAUUGUGGUAAGAGUACGUUGAUAAAUGUAUUCCUGCGAAAGCACAAGCUACUUCCAACAGAGGAAACGCCGUGCACUUCUAGAAUCGUACGAGUUGUUUACAGUUCUGAAAACUACGUGAAGCUGGUGGACGCCGAUAUGAACGAAGUGGAAAAGAUAUCCUUUGGCAAGAAUGCAAAAGUACCCAACAAGUUUAUAGUAUUACAGGGAAGCUCUCGAGAGGACAGCGAAGCGCUACAACAUCUAGUGGAGGUUGGUAUUGAUCAUAAGCUUCUCGAGUGUGGAGUACAACUCAUUGAUUCUCCUGGUCGCAACGAGAACGAAGCGCUGGACCGUGUUGUCGAAGAAUUCAUAAAGGAAGGAGUUGUACCUUUAAUCGUUUACAUAGUGGAUGGUAAAAACCAACUUCGUGAAAAGGACAAAACGACAAUUCGAGAGCUGCAAGAUAAAUUCCCAAACGUAUCUUUGAUGUUUGUUUGCAGUAAAGUAGAUUGUGACCAAACUGCUCUUUCAUUUGACAACGAUGACGAUGACGAUGAACAAAAAAAAACAGAAGAGGAGUUGUAUGAACUUGCCCAAGAGAAAAAGGAAAAAUUGUUUCGGCAGCUAACGAGAGCAAAUUUUCUCAUAAAUUCUAGUAUGAAAGAUUGUCCGCUUUUUCACGGAGUUUCGGCAAGAAAUGUAAAGACUGCGCGAAGGGGUAAACUACAGAAUAAAGAGACUGAUGCCUUCAACCGUUUCCAUCGUUGUAUUCUUGAAAAACUCGAGGAGGCGCUGAGAAGAGACGGUAAGAGGGUUUUAUCAGAACUCCUAUCUGCUCAGGAGAUGAUUCUGAACUCUGUAGUAAAUACCCGAAAGUCUCUAUCAAUGACGGCUGAUCUAUUGCCUGUAAUGUGUGACCAAGCUUUGAAAACAGAGCUUUCAAUAUUCCAGGCAAACUUGAAGUUGGGCUUAAAAAGUUUCGAAGUUAAAUCAACUAUUCGCCAUGACCUGGAGCAGCUGGCUAGCGCCCUUUUAGACGAAGGGGAGUCAUAUAAUAUUCCAGAACGGAACACGGUACAGAAGGAAUUUCAGACAAUACAGCAAACCGUAGGAAUAAACCCAGAAUUCCUGGAAGAGAUUCGUAUAGAAGAGCUUUUGCUAAUGGAAUUUGUGUCCAAUCUUAAAGGAGCUAUUUUAGAUAGAACAUUUAACGUGUUAAAGUACUCCGUACAGGGUGUUAUAAGAGAAGCCCUUUCUCAAGCAGUUGGAGAACUCAUCAAACUUACUCAAUGUGACCUAAUAACCCACCCUCUAAUCAGUCAUCUGGUACAGAGGAUCUUUGGAGUUUCGACUGAGGCUAUACAAGAUACAAAUGGCUUUCUUAAGCUGCAUGUCGUACUUGAUGGGCUUUUAGAAACAGUUGACAGCGCUGUAAAUUCCACGCUAAGGCAGGAGAUUUCAAAGCCACUGAGUAAUUUUGACGUCACUACCGUUGGGCGUAACCCGAGACCACGUGAUCCUCUUUGGAGACGCAAGGUCGUUCAGACUCUAAUUUCAAAGCUCGACUACAACCACGUGGGCGAGUCGGUGAUAGAAGCAUGCGACGAAUCUUUGUUAAGGCUGCAUCAGCUAUUUAGAGACACAGUUGAAAAUUACCGCGUUCUUAAUGCCGUUCUCGAAAAAUCUUGUUUAUCAUCUAUUAUAGACAUUCUUCGUUCAGACUACGUUCCUCAUGUAGCCGAGCUCGCUGUAAGGGGACACGGCUUGCAAUACGUCAUCGAGCGUGGAGGCCCCCCAGAACUCGGAGAACAAGUAAGGAGUACUUCGCAUAGUCAGUUGUAUUCUUGCUUCAGUCCCAAAUGGUGUGCUGGGCGUGGAAGUUGUGUAGUUAAAGUUGUCACCAAGUCUGCUGUUGGAAUUGAUGUCUGGAACCAAACCAUGAUUGAUUGCAUGCAUUCCAAGUACAUAGCCGAACAACUCAAGGAGUGCUGUCCAUAUCAUCUCCAACUGAAUGGCUGGUUCUUCCAAACAGCUGAACAGUUCUGUCUAGUAAUGGAGACGGCAAAUGAGAAUUUACUGGUGUCAUUGAGGCGUGGGAUGUCAAGAAAGAGACGCAUGGAUGUUGCAGUUGAUAUUGCUAAGGCUUUGGAAGCCAUGCACAAAAUAGGAUACGUUUAUCAAGACGUGAAGCCCCAAAACGUCAUGAUAACAGAAGAUGGAACAGCAAAGCUUAACCUCUGUAAACCAGAAAAGCCAUUCGAGGAAACAGAGCUAGGCAUCCCUUUCCACAUUUCACCAGAGAUGUUUGCGAAACACGCAAAGAGUAACUCAAGUAAUAGUUAUGAUAUCUACGCCUUCGGCUCUCUGUUGUGGGUUUUAUGCGAGGGGUCGGGACGGGUUCGACCCCAAGCCUACUCGAGGUGUAUUGAUAUUGACGCAAUGAAGAAUGCAGUGUGUGAUGCGAAAAUACGCCCCGAGCGACGCCCCGAAAUGCCACAAUCACUGUGGCAACUGAUGCGUCGCUGUUGGGACGAAAACUUGGAAAUUGAAACUGUGCUAACUGAGCUACACGAAGCUCGAUCAGCCUUUGAGUAGUCUUUAAUUUUUGCAGUACAGGUCUUGAGAUUUAGAAAGCAUAUAAGGUAUUUUGUUAUUUAGUCUUAGGCCAAAAAGAAGACGGCAUUGGACGGCUCAUGCGAAGUUUUCCCUACAUUUCUCAAUCUCUUACCCAGAGCACACGUUCCUCUUUGUCAGCACCGAGAAACGUUUAUCAGAGCUGACCAAAAGAAACGUAGGCUCUGGGUACGAUCUGCAUGAUUUAGUUGCCCAUGGUUUCCGCACAUUUGUGCAUAAGGAAGAAGCUAUUUCUCUUCGAAACAAAGAAAAUUGGUCGUAAAUUGAGCAACAUUUGCUCUGCAACGCAACCUUGUUGCGCAGCGUUGGAAGACAUUAUUACCCGUAUUCCCGCACCUUAAGUAUGGACCGGAUACGCGUUGAUAAUAAUAAGUACAUUAAUGUCAAAGUGCGCAUUUGCGUGUUGCGAAUCGUUAUGCGAGAUGUUCAGAUCCACUCUGUAAUUUAUUACGAUAUCUUCGAGCUGUGAUAAAAUCACAUCGCAUAUAGUGCUGUGUUCUACUGGAAGUUUACACAGAUUUUAGAAUAUUUCUAAUUGGUCUCACAUACGUUUACAAAUUUGUAAUUAUUAGAAAGUGAAUUAUCAAAAAUAUGAAUAUAAUUGAGAUUGGAA